AUGACCUCCCCCUCCAUGCCCCCGUAUCAGCGGAUGCUGGCGGAUGCCCGUCAGCUAAGCUACCAGAACACCGUGGCGGUCCGUAACGACGACGGUGUAUGUUGGCUGGGACACAUUCAGGACAUCGCCGGCGACUACGCCUUUAUCGAUUUUCAGAGCAAACUGGCCCCAGCCAGCUGGCAACAUGCGGGACGGUUGGCGGCUCUCCGUGACGAGGACGACGGACCAUUCCGCUUUCGUCCUGUCACAGUAUUGAUUCUUGGUGCAGGAUGGGGCGCAUUAGUGAAGGAUUACGGCACAACCGAUAUUGCCCCAGCCAGUGGUGGAUCGCAAAAGGCUCGUAUGGAAGUGGUGGACGUUUGCCAAACUGUCGAGCAAGCAGCGCUGGCACAGCCGCCGUUGCUGUACAGCAAGAGUUUAAUAUUCACCAAGCUUUUUGUUUCCUUUGCCAGUGCGCAAGACGUUCUGUGCGACGCUUCCGAUAAGUCGCGCAUCAUCAAGCACUUCUGUGAGUCUUCUAGCCGCGCUGCUGGAAUAGGGGGUUCAUUUGAUUACGGUCGCUUCCAUCUGCACAUUGAAGAGAAUGGAUGCGCGUUUAUCAGCGGCCAUCCUCCGACGGAACCCCCAACCGUGGCGGCACUGUCCGAUAUGCUGCAAAGACAUUUAGACUUCCGGGCCUAUCUGCCGGCGUUCAUUUACGGUGACCUUUGCGGCAGUGGCAACACACCCAAUGGCAAAGCUCAAGCGCUAAAUGAACGAAUGGAACCGCCGCUUGACGAUGCAUCGAUGGUUCAUCUGCCAAUCUCGCUUUUAUGCGAGAUUUUUGCUCAUCUGGACUUGCAUUCACGUAUGAGGGUUAAACGAGUGUGUGCAUUGUGGAUUUCGCUCCUGAGUAGUCGCUCUGUGACCGAACACAUCAGCAUCUGUUUGAAAACCUGCUCUCAGACCACGAAAUCCCACAAUCUAAACAGCUACAAAGUCGCAUCCCUCCUCAGCCGCACGGUCGAUUCAGCAACUAAAAGCCUCACUCUAGUGCAUAACUUCGACUACCACUAUUGCUUAAGCUAUCUUUUGGCGGGCAUGGAAAUCACGGUGCCGACAAUAAUCCUCAAAGACCACACGGUCACCAAUAAUUGCAGAUACCCGAUAACAUACGAUAGAGAUAUUAUCGGGUUUCCGCUGAAUUACGCACUGACGUGGCGCACUGCCGUCCUCAACGACUGUUGUCAGCGUGUUCUUGUUUACAACUGGAAAGUGGACAAAAUUUUUGGCGCUGCAGUCUUCGAGCUGUUCUAUUUCUCACGCUGCGAAAAAAUCCAGCGCUUCGUUGGACUACCCGCGAGCGAAGUAAAGCGGAUGGCACAUCUGACUUGCGAGUCGAAUGUCGGCGUACUCGCCGCUGACGCCCUGCAAAUCACUAUUCCGCAGCUGAUUCUGCAGAGUAGCGAUGGGCGAUACCACAUGAUGCGCCGAUUUAUGUGGGGUUUAAACGACAACUUUCCCCCGGUCACCGAGGACAUAUAUGCAAAGGUCACCGCUGUGCACGCUCGCUGGGUGCGCAAUCUGUGGUAUCCGGCUGAAUGGGACAUGAUCCGAGGGUAUCUUACCAUAUUUAGCGGGUUCUACACUGACGGAUCACCAAAAUCCUGGGACGAUGUGGAUCUGCGAACUGAAAAUGUGCGCACAUGGAGCAGAAUGGCGGUGUUUGGGAUCAAGGACAUAUUUUACAUCUGAAAAUGUUAUGCGAUUGUGUCUGUCCUAUCUGUAUGCAUGUGCGCUAACCUUUCCCACGAUCGCGAUGGCCAGUUCUGCAUUAAGUACGAAGUACUGAAUUCAUCUGGUAAC